UCCAAGUGAAGAGGCAAUUUGAUCCGGUCGCUGAAAACGCCCAAAGCUUUAUUCAGCGAAGCCUGGAACAGCUCACAAUGUCUGAGAACAAGGACUCAAGUGGUGGUGACCUGUGCUCUGUGGACUUUGAGAUAUUCGGCUAUGUUCAGGGUGUCUGUUUUCGAAUGUACGCAGAGCGGAAAGGACUUGAUCUCGGCCUGGUUGGCUGGGUUAAGAACACAAGCAAGGGGACAGUCGUGGGGCAGGUCCAGGGGCCGCGAAAUCUGGUCAACGAGAUGAAGGUGUGGCUGAGUAAGGAGGGGAGCCCCUUCUGUCGCAUCUCUCGGGCCGAUUUCAAGAACGAGAGGAAAAUACCCAAGUUGGAGCUGUUUGGCUUCUCCACCCGAUUCUGAUGCACAGCAGAGCCAUACAAACCAUUUUCGCUUGUCAACCAUGACCGUCAUCUUCCACCCAGUAAAACCCAUGAUUACCAAUCCCACCACAAAUGAGCAACCAUGUAUAUAUCAGUUAGGUUGUCCAAAGAGUGACUAUAAAGAUAGCAUAUUGUUUUAAUUGCACUUUCAGCUUUAACCAGUUUAUUUUAAUGACAAAGUAUAUAUUCCCACUGACUUCUAAGACAUCGGUGUGUAAUGUAUAACCAUUUCUUGAUAUCUUUAUGGAUUCUGCAGUCUAUCAGUAGGGCAUACGUUGCUUACUCUCCAAAUUUUCUGACUCUGAAUUUAUUCUUCUGAAUUUACUUGUGAGAUUUCAAUUAAUAUCAAUUAAUAAAAAUAAUCUCUGAAAUUAUUAGUAA